CAAUUCUACAAAUUCUCUUAUUAAAAUCAGAUUUUUAAACCUAACCUUAUGUCUAACCUUAAAUGAAGACAAAAAAUAUAAUGUUUGUUUUCAUAUAUUUUUACGAUGGUCAAUGUUGACAUUGUGGGUGUAAUAACUAGUGACAUGCCAACUAGUCAGCCAUGUUCUUUUAUAGUUCAAUGAUAAUGUUCAGCCACCUCGGUAGCUUGCUAGCUGAAAUAUUGAAGCUCUAGACUAGUUCAUGUAUAUUAUCCACUGUGUUUAAAACUCACUUCUGUCGUCUAGCUAGUUAUCCCAUUUAAUUUCAUAUUUACGUUGUUAUUAGUCAGCUAACGUAGCUAGCUGGCUGGUUAAGUUAGCACUAGCCUAGCUAGCUAACUGUUAGCUAACAUCCCGGACCAUGAGUUCACUAAGCUACUCUCCUCCUGCUAAAGAAGAGGGGGUCUGCUGGACGGAGAAAGAGGGUCUGUGGCUGAACGUUGUCGUGAAAGAAGAGGAGGAAGAGGAGGAUGUCACAGUAACAAAAGAGGAUGAAGAUGUUGCAGUGAAAGAGGAAGAGGACGAGAAAGAGGAGGAUUCAGAUUUUGGAGAGGAGGGAGCGAUAACUAGUAUAUUGGAAGAAGAAGAAGAAGAAGAAGAAGAGGAGGAGGAUCUGAUUAACACCAGAGAGAGACGUGACUAUUGUGGAUCCUCUGGGGAGCCUCAACUACAUCAUGACGCUGACGAGGCAGAGAAGUGUCUCUUCACCUCAGAACACCUCAAGAAACACCAGCGGAGACCCACAGGGAAGAAACUUCACCGCUGCUCUGACUGUGGGAAGAGUUACUCCAGAUCAGAUUCACUGAAAGUACACCAGAGAAUUCACACAGGAGAGACAUCUUACUGCUGCUCAGACUGUGGGAAGAGAUUCACCUCUUCAGCAGACCUCAAAAGACAUCAGAGAAUCCAUACAGGAGAGAAACCUUAUAGCUGUGAUCAAUGUGGGAAGAGUUUUAAUGUUCCAAGCAGCCUGAAAACACACCAGAGAAUACACACAGGGGAGAAACCUUAUAGCUGCGCUGACUGUGGGAAGUGUUUUUCAAAAUUAUAUACAUUACAAUCACACCAGAGAAUUCACACUGGAGAGAAACUUUAUAGCUGCUCUGACUGUGGGAAGAGUUUUUCAAAAUUAUAUACAUUACAAUUACACCAGAGAAUUCACACUGGAGAGAAACUUUUUAGCUGUAAUCAAUGUGGGAAAAGGUUUACUCACUCAAGCUGCCUGAAGGUACAUCAGAGAACACACACGGGAGAGAAACCUUAUAGCUGUGAUCAGUGUGAGAAGAAAUUUGUUACAUCUAGCAGUCUGACUAUACACCGGAGAACACACACAGGAGAGAAACCUUAUAGCUGUGCUCAAUGUGUGAAAAGUUUUACUUCAUCUAGCCAUCUGACUAUUCACCAGCGGACACACAAGAAAGAAACCUUGUAGCUGUAAUCAAUGAGGGAAGAGUUUUACUCAGGCAAACAUCUUGAUAUCACACCAGAGAACACACACAGGAGAGAAUUCUUAUAGCUGUGAUCAAUGUGGAAAGAGAGAUGCUGGUAAAAUGUUGAAAAUACAUACAUGAAGUUGUUUCAUGAUAUCAAUAAAAUGUCACAAUGUAGAAUGUUUUAACAUUGUAGAAGGAGUAUUUUAAUGAUGUCACAAUGUAGAACCCUAAACAUUUGUCCCUGUUCUAUUGAUUUCAACAUGAUAUGGAUAUUAGCCUCAGGGGGAAAAUCCAGGCUCUGAAAUGGAAGAGUACUAUUUAUGUGAUUUAACAAAAAGUGACUAACACAAAAAGAGCUGUGUUACACUUACCACGUUGGUGACCCACUUGAAUCAAAAUGCAACACUUCAAAAUGUAGCGAGCUGUUUUCUACAAAUUGUCCUCUAACCAGGGAUGUACACAUUAGUCCCAGAUUCCGUGUGGGUGUUUGAGCUGUUAGUUUUAACAGGACGUGCAACCUCAUCUCCCUCCUCUUGACACAAUUGAUUUCAAAGUUCUAUCGAUAUGAGCGAUGACAAAAAAGUGUUGCAUUUCUCUUCGUUUUGGGGACCCCUAAAUUUAAAUGCAUCGCUCAAUUUAGCUGACUGUCUUCUGGAGGUUGUCCUCUAACCAGUGAGGUAAAAGAUAUCUCCCAUUUCCAUGUGUUUUUUUUUUUUCAACAGCACACAACCUGAUUUCCCCCCUAAUCGAUUUAGUGCCAGUUGUCAAAACAACAGUGUUUUUGGCGCAGUUUUAUAAGAUGCUCGUUUAAAAAAAAUACAAGUAACAUGAUUCCUAUUGUGGAACAUGUUUGUAGAUAGUACAUUUUAUGUUUAUGUUUUCAAUAUCACAAACUAUUUCUGCAUAUUGGUUAUUGAUUUGGACAAGUUAUUAAAACUGCUCCUCCAAAAUAGCAACAAUUUUUUUUAACGUUUUUUUUUUUUAUUAGGACUAUGCCCGAGUCUAAUCUAUUUUUUGUUUUUUAAGUGAAAGUUUAAAAUACUAUUGUCAUUAUUGCCAAUACAUAUUAAAAUGGGUGUGUGUUCGGUUUGAUAUUUCAAAAUAUUUACAUUUCAUGUAACAUUUAGUCAUCGGAAUUAUUUGACCAUUCUUUGGCACAAUAAUAUUGUUAACUAACAAUGUAGGAAAACAAGCUUAUUUUUGGUUGGAUAUUACAUCCUAUUCUUACUCUUUUAAUUUCCUUAAAAUGCUCAUUAGUCUUUCAUUUUUUGUUAUUCUUUCGUUUUUUUAUCCUCAUGUUGUGUAGUAAAUAUACAUUUCGUUUUUUUCCUGUGAAGCAGGAUGUCUAAAAUGUGCUGUAUAAAUAAAGCUUGAUUUGAUUUGAACAUAUUGCAAAACAAAUUAACCCAAUGACUGACCAAUCAACACUCUUGCAAAACAUGUGCUUGAGGCGUCACUACAGACACCCUGGUUCGAAUCCAGGCUGUAUCGCAACCGGUCGUGAUAGGGAGUCCCAUACGGUGGCGCACAAUGGGCCCAGCGUCGUCCAGGUUUGGCCGGUGUUGGCAGUCAUUGUAAAUAAUAAUGUAAUCUUAACUGACUUGCCUAGUUCAAUAAAAGUUACAUUGAAAAAAACAAAAUGUUGUUUUUAAUGAAAAACAUAAAUUCAGUAAAUCUUCCACUGUGUCUAAAUAUUCUGUCUAAGUUUAUCACUUUUCAACCAAUCCAGUACAUUUUUGUUGAACAUGUUGAAAUUAUAGUGUAAUAUAGAAAUACUUAUCAACUGGCUGAGUCACCAAUUAGUUUGGAAAUGAUCCAACCAUUAUGUAGGUUGGUGGAAAUGAUCCAACCAUUAUGUAGGUUGGUGGAAAUGACCCAACCAUUAUGUAGGUUGACGGAAAUGAUCCAACCAUUAUGUAGGUUGGUGGAAAUAAUCCAACCAUUAUGUAGGUUGACGGAAAUGUCCCAACCAUUAUGUAGGUUGGUGGAAAUGACCCAACCAUUAUGUAGGUUGGUGGAAAUGAUCCAACCAUUAUGUAGGUUGGUGGAAAUGAUCCAACCAUUAUGUAUGUUGGUGGAAAUGACCCAACCAUUAUGUAGGUUGACGGAAAUGACCCAACCAUUAUGUAGGUUGGUGGAAAUGACCCAACCAUUAUGUAGGCUGACGGAAAUGAUCCAACCAUUAUGUAGGUUGGUGGAAAUAAUCCAACCAUUAUGUAGGUUGGUGGACAUGAUCCAACCAUUAUGUAGGUUGGUGGAAAUGAUCCACCCGUUAUGUAGGUUGGUGGAAAUGAUCCAACCAUUAUGUAGGUUGGUGGAAAUGAUCCAACCAUUAUGUAGGUUGGUGGAAAUGAUCCAACCAUUAUGUAGGUUGGUGGAAAUGAUCCAACCAUUAUGUAGGUUGGUGGAAAUGAUCCACCCGUUAUGUAGGUUGGUGGAAAUGAUCCAACCGUUAUGUAGGUUGGUGGAAAUGAUCCAACCAUUAUGUAGGUUGGUGGAAAUGACUCAACCAUUAUGUAGGUUGGUGGAAAUUAUCCAACCAUUAUGUAGGUUGGUGGAAAUCCCCAUUGACUGAGGAUGAGGGGUCUCCAUUUUGUAGAUGUGUAAUAAUGAUGUGAAUGCUAUAAGGCCCAUAAUCAUAUCCAGAGGAUUUAGGUUGUGAGCCUCGCCUCCACUCAGAAUACUAUAGAGAUGAUAAUGGUGUUGAAUAAUAAUAAUAAACUACAUUCAUCAA